CCCAAAUAUUACCAGCCCCAACCACCUACUGACCACACGCCCGCAGCCAACCUUAUCCCCAAAUGUCCGGUGAAAAAGCUCCCUUCGUGUUCAGAUCCCCACUCCCAUCCUUUUCCUAUUCCCCCAACAUUAACCAGUCAGCUUAAACAAAUCAAAACACCUACUUUUGCACAAGAAAACAAUCGAGACACACAAGCAAAAUUAGAACUAAUGGAAAUAUUAUGCUUCCCAACGUCUCGAUUCUCUCCUCAUCACCCACCCAACCGACGGCGCUGCGGCGCCGUCCGUUGCGCAGAAGUUGCGGUAGCGCCGAUGGGUGAGAAGACGGAGUACAAAGACGGAUUUUUUGAGAAGGCUUUCAUGGCUUUGUUUUCUCGGAAGAUGGAGAAGUACGCGUCUGGAGGAAUGAAGAGCGGGAAAGCGGUUUGGGAAUGGGAUUACGACAGCUUUGUGGAUGUGUCGCGAAGAGUAAUGAAGGGGAGAUCUCGCCGGCAGCAACAGGAGGUGGUGAGAGAAGUUCUCCUCUCCAUGCUGCCGCCCGGUGCUCCAGCUCAGUUUCGGAAGCUGUUUCCCCCAACAAAAUGGGCGGCUGAGUUUAAUGCAGCGCUGACGGUGCCUUUCUUCCGUUGGUUGGUUGGCCCAUCUGAGGUCAUUGAAGUGGAGGUAGAUGGCAUGAAGCAACGAAGUGGUGUACAUAUAAAGAAGUGCAGAUAUUUAGAGAACAGUGGAUGCGUGGGAAUGUGCGUGAACAUGUGCAAGAUUCCAACACAAGAUUUCUUCACCAAUGAAUUUGGGCUUCCGCUCACAAUGAAUCCAAAUUUUGAAGAUAUGAGUUGUGAAAUGAUUUAUGGCCAAGCGCCGCCGCCUUUUGAAGAAGAUCCUGUCUCAAAGCAGCCUUGCUACGCCAACAUGUGUACUUUGGCCAAUCCCAACUCUACAGUUUGCCACAAAUUACACAAUUGAAGUGCGUCCAACUCAAAAGAACAUUCCAGCCAUAAUAUGGUAUACUCCUUCGGCACAUGUCUUGGUGUCGGUCUUGCCACCCAAUCAAUAUUGGUUAAGUAGUCGAGCCAACGCCUAGAUACUGCCCACAUUUUGGAUGAUUGAACUCUGAUCUAACACCUGGAUAUAAGAAGAACACAUGGAGAGCGACGAAUGCUACCUAUCCACCAGUUCGGUAAGAUGAACAGAUAGGGCGGCAUGGGCAAUAUGAAACUCACCAAACACGGCAUUUUUGGACCCUUCCUUACCCAGAAUCUGAUGAAGGAGGACAUUGGUUAUGAGAUAGCAUCUGGGAACU